AUGGUGAGAUCAACCUCGAGAUUGGAGUUCAAACAUUCCAUCAUCUCAACGAUAAAAGAUAAUGUAUCUACGACGCAAAUACUGGAACGGCUCGCGCAGUUACAAGAUGAACUGUCUGGUCUGCAACAAGGCGUGGUCAACCUGGCUACUGUUAACCGGUACAAAUCUGAACUAGUCAAUAGGAAGGUAUUAAAGAGCAAGGACCUUGGUAUAAGGGCCUUCGCAGCCUGCUGCCUUAGUGACAUAUUGAGACUCUAUGCACCAGACGCGCCUUACACGGACAAGGAGCUGGUGGAAAUAUUCCAACUGUUUUUGGAGCAGUUCAGUCUUCUUCAGCAGCCUGAGAACGGGUACAUCAUGCAGCAAACAUACCUCAUCACAAAUUUACUAGAGUACAGAUCAAUUGUUCUCAUUACAGACCUACCGAACUCUUCUCAGCUCAUCAACGAGCUUUUUGAAAUAUUUUAUGCGCCAAAAAAUGCUGCGAUACCUGAGAAACUGUUCGCGGUAAUCAGUGGACUCAUGGGUGAAAUUAUCUCCGAGUGUGAUUCUAUGCCCAUGUCAGCACUGAAGCUGGUCUUCAACAAGUUUUUAUCCCAUAAGCGAGGUGUAUCUUUGAGUGGACUCAGCUACAAAAAGGACUCUGGGCUGGCGCUAAGUCUUGGUAUCUGCCAAACUUACUCAAACAGACUGGGGCGCCACUUCAUCAAAUUCUAUUCCGAGAUCAUGUAUGAAGUUCUGGCGGAGGAUGAAGACGAACAAGAAAUCGACAAAGAUUCGUCUUCCUACAAAACCCUGGUGAAGCUUGGGAGGUUGACGACCGAACUCUGGAUUCAUGCCCCGGAUCUGGUCGGCUCUGUCAUUGGUUUUCUGUAUCAAUUGCUCAAUUCAGAUAACGAAUUGUUCAGAGAAGCCGCGACACGAUGUGUCAGUGAAAUGCUAAAGACUUCCUCUUUAAUCAACUUUGCUGUGGCUCACAGUGACACUUACAAGUUGUGGUUAACGAAGAUGGCGGAUAUUAGCUCACAGGUGAGGCAUGCUUGGGUUUCCGAGAUUCCACAGAUUUUGAGCGAACGUAGCGACCUUGCAACUGAAAUCGCAAGAGGUCUGGCAAAGGCAUUGAUAGACUCCGAUCAUUCUGUUCGUCUACGUGCAGUUCGUGUAUUCCACGAACUUCCUGUCAAAAGGCUUUGGGGAUGUAUUUCAAAUCCAGCUGUCUUUACGGGACUCUUGCAUUUAACUAGGGAAGCUCGCCCGGAUAUCAGAACUGAGUGCAUAGAGGCGGUCGCAAGAAUUUAUGAUGAAUCAUUGCAAGAAAUUCCAAGAAAUGACGAAAAUAAAGAAGCUUGGGAGGUAGUAGACUCCAUUCCUAGCAUUUUUUUCAAUCUUUACUACAUCAACGAUCCAAAUAUCAAUAUGCAAGUGGACCGCCUUCUUUUUGAGCGAUUUUUGCCUUUGGAUCUUAGCAAGGAAGCGUUUGUCAAUAAGUUGUUGAACAUGAUGGCAAAUUUCGACGAAAAGGCAUGCUCCUCCUUUUACGCUUUUAACAAACGGCAGGAACAAAUGUCUGUGGUGCUUUCGAAAUUCCUUUCUUUUUGCGAGAACUCAUUCUCAUCUGAUGUGGGUGUUGCUAAGUUUUCCGCUGAAAAAUUGACCAAAACAAUCGAUUGGUUCUGCCAAGGCUUCUCAAAGGAAUAUAAUGUUCAGGAGAUUUUGAAAGUGUUCAAAGAACUGAAUGAUCGCCGAUUGCACCACCUCAUUCGGGUAGCUAUUGAUGAGGCGUCCAACCAUACCACGGUUCGCAACGCAAUCACCGAGCUUUUUAAAAGGCUGGCAGACCCUGAGCUUUUUAGGAAACGAAAUCUAAAGAUCGAUUCACGCUUUACCAGAGAGCACUUUACUUUAGUGAUAAAAGUGCUAGUUUACCGAGCUGCUUCGGUAAUUUUCAAUGUUUCUAGUCUGGCAGUUUUACUAAAAAACGCAGGUACGUCACAGAACUCAGAACUUUCGCUUAAAAGACAGUUGAUCGAAAAUAUAUCUGUCAUAAAGCCAGGGGCUUUCAAGGGACAGAUCAACAGCUUAGUAAACGUCAUCAUUAAAUUUGACGAACACACAUCCGAUCCUAGUGCAACACUCAGCUUAGCAGAGGCAAUGAGAACACUUUACAAGAUUUCAAAGUCAAAUCGCCAGCAUCUGAAAUCGUCAGAUCCGUUUUUUUUUGAUAAAUUAGAAGACUAUGCCAAGCAUGGGAGCAUCAUAACUGCAAAAUAUGCUACAAAGCUGUUGAGCCUGCUAUGGGACGCUCGAGACUACUUCAUGAGGAUUAAAACAUCUAUUCUACCGCUCAACCUUGAAUCCAAAUAUUUGGCUACUAAUGUACUUGUUCUUUCUGAAAUUAUUAAGUCAGAUCCGCAACUUUUGGAGGAAGAAUCGACCGAAGUCGUCAGUUUGCUCAUCAAAGAAGUUCUACUGACUAACAAAACCGUCGGCGAUACUGACGGCCAAGCAUCUUGGAUAUCGGAUGAUGAGAUUUUCUGUAACGAGGCGAAUAGCUUUUUGGCGGCAAAGAUCUUUUCUUUGAAAUUGUUUGCAAGGAAACUUCAAGUGAUGGCAUUAGAUACCGAACAAAAUGAAAUGACCAAUGCUUUCAUUGAAAGGAUUCUGAAGCUUUUCUUCUAUUUGAUUGCAAGCGGUGGUGAGCUGAUAUCAGAGUUCAAUGAGAGAUAUUAUCCUACUCCUAGCAACUACCAAAGCAAACUCAGAUGUUAUUCUGGACUUCAGAUCUUGAAAUUGGCUAGACACUCCACCUUGAAUAAGUUCAUCAGACCAGGUGAUAUUGGCAAACUGGUAAACUUGAUGGAAGAUGAGUCUUUCGAGGUAAGAAGUUUGUUUAUUGGAAAACUAAAGGAUUUUGCGGGGGACGAGGUCAUAUCAAUAAAAUACCUUCCACUAAUAUUUUUCACCGCUUAUGAGCCUGAUAUGCCAUUGAAAAGCACUACCAAAAUGUGGAUUAGUCUGACGCUGACAAAGGAAAACUUCAAAAAAGGAACCUUUUUCGAAAGAGUGCUCCCAAGAUUGAUUCACUCAAUUGCACAUCAUCCAGACAUAGAAGAAGGGCUCCAGAUAAAGGGGGAACAGUUCAUGAGCAGUCUCGCCACUGCUACUGGAUACCUGGUUUUCUACUUUCAUGCAGUUGCAAAUCCACAUAACUUAUCUCUCUUGUACUACCUUGCAGGCAGAAUAAGACAGUACAAGGACAGUCUACUUGACGAGAGUGUGGACAACGACAAAAUGGCUAAUGACGAAAAGCUACGAAACUCUAGCAUCAAGGGCUCUGGUAUAUAUAUAAUAUCAGAAUUGGCCCAGCUCAUUCUUGGACAGUUUAAAGAACAGAACACUUGGACACUGUCGUCCUACCCUGGAAAAUUAAAUCUGCCGUCGGAUCUAUUUGAGCCAUUUGAUACUAUUGAGGAUGCUCGGAAGAAUACUUUCGAGGUCUUCGUAAAACCCAAUGAGCUUGAAAGUCUCAAGAAAAUGAUCAGUGUCAAAGUGACCCGUCUGUACAAACAGCGGGGAACAGUUCUGAAAUCGUUGGGCCAGAAAAGACCGCUUACCGACGAACGACGCCCGACGAAGAAAGGGCGUCAGGCUGAACAAGCACCUAUCGAUGGCGAUGACAAUGGUAAUGAUGAUGGGGACAACGCCUAUGUUCCGCCCAAAAUAUCUACAGAUACCAAAUCAGAGACAAGAAAAAGUUCCAGGCAGAAGAAGGCUGUGGAUUACGCAGAUGACAACAGUGACGAGGAUUGA